AUGGCUUCGUCUCCGUCGAUCGCCAACCAACAGCAAAGACGCAAAGAGGGGAAAAAGGGCAAACGCAAGCCUGACCUAACCGAGAGCACAGUAUGGCGCGUCGCGCUACGACCGUCCUCCCCAGCCCCAGACUUUCCGAGGACCAAGGAAGCGGUGCUGCGAGUCGCGCUCAAGACAGCGCUGACGGGCGGGGAAUUCAUCGAUACUAGGAUUUACGCGUACUCGCGCCGGACUGUGUCGGGUGGGGUCGAUCACCCCCUGCCCGUUUACGCGAACAGCGAGACGCUGACGGAGGUAUCGAAUUACUUUGACACAGUCCUGUCCGGGGGUUUUGCAGAGAGUAGCGUGAAUAGUCUGGAUGCAGACUCCCUGAGUGGGGAGACGGGCUCGGCAGAUGAGUAUGAAUACUAUUCAGACAGCGACUUGGAGGAUGAGGACGUCCCAGCCGAUGCAGCCGCAUCCACCCAUCCCCUCGGCAGAGUCGAUGGGGCUGGUGACGAUGCUGCUGUAGUGGCAGGAGACGAGGCCGAUCGUGCAAUUUCGUCUGCGGGCGGUGAGAUUGAAGUUACAGGAGCGCUAUCAUUGUUUAGCCUGAGCAACUCCCACAACGACACAAGCACGAGCUCUCAAGCUGUUCCGACUGUGGAUAGCACACGUCGCUAUGGGAGGACGGUGUUCAUGAAGAACAUGGCAUACAAAACACUGCGCGCGUUCAUAUUCUACGUGUUUACUGGCGAGAUAAAGUUCGCACCACUCAAAUCACAACUGGAACACGAAAACGGCAGGCAGCCCGAAGCUGCUGACAACAGGAAGGCGCCUACGCCGCCGCCUUGUUCUCCAAAGUCGAUGUAUCGCUUGGCUCAUAUGUGUGACAUCAAAGAGCUGCAAGAGCUUGCGCUGAACGACAUCAAAUCCAAGCUCUCGUCGAAAAACAUCCUUGACGAGUUCCUCUCUGCGUUCACCUCUAGGUACACUGAGAUCAAGAAGGCGGAACUCGACUUUCUCAUGAAGGAUGAAUUCCAGCCUGACGUCAGCGCUGCAAUUCCGCGGCUCGUCGCACACAUGGUGAAGGACGGCGUACCUCACGCAACGCUCGUCAUCACGGCGCUGCUCGAGCAGUUUGUAGCGAGCCACAACGGAAACGGCCUGUCGGGCUCUCAGCUCAGGAAAGAGCUGAGCGAUACAAAGGCUUCGCUCGACAAGGUCAAGCGGUGUCCGAACGGUCAUAUCCGUUCUACCCAGGUUCAAAUCUAUUGCAGCAGCUGUGGAGCGAAUCAUUAUGUGAAUUUUGCCAGCAUUUGA